CGAUCAAAAUGAAAUUUGAUGGAUUCCAUAUACGUUCCACCACAGCACAACAUUGUUGUUCAGAGAUGUGAUGAAAAUAAUGAUUUAUUAAAGUAUGAAGAAAGUAAGUCUCAACCGUUACAUUCAAUCAAAAGUAUAUAUCUAGGUCUAUUUCAUUGUAAGAACUGGAGUAUUUUGACGUCAGAGAUUGAAGUCCGAGUUUGGGUUCAGGUGUCACAGCUGGCACACCUCACGGUCACAGUCACCUGACCUCCAAAAAGUAGAAACAGAGGAACAGAGUCACGAUCGUGCAGUCCUCGUCAGGAUUUUACCCACAAACCUCUGCGUUCACGCCAACACAAAGAAACAAGGUUCAGGCUGAGCAGAAGUGGCCGAUUUUGGAACAUUUUAAAUCGCCAUCAAACAUUUAGUGUUAGCACUGCGCAGGCGCGAGUGUGUUUUCCACUGUCAGUCUGUCAAUGAAAACCAAGUGAAGGAGGUGAAGCUGAUUGCAGAGAGAACCUUCUCCAUCUCUCCUGAGGACGGAGCUCCCAGCAGAAGGCACGCAUGCGUCCUGCGCGCUGGCACGCAGCGCUGUGAGGCGCGCCGCCCCGGCUCAGCGCGCCCCGAGAAGCCCGAGCGCGCAGUGACGAUGCGAUCGUUUGGACUGAGGCUCAGCAUCAGCACCGAACCUCGAGCCCACAGCCCGCCGCCCACAGCAGCUCCGCGCGCCCGCCAGCCCGCCGCAGGAUGCCCGGGGGAAAGAGAGGGCUGGUGGCGCCGCAGAACACCUUCCUGGAGAACAUCGUCCGGCGCUCGAGCGAGACCAGCUUCCUGCUGGGAAAUGCGCAGAUCGUGGAGUGGCCUGUCGUCUACAGCAAUGAUGGAUUCUGCAAGCUGUCUGGCUUCCAUAGAGCUGAGGUCAUGCAGAAGAGCAGCACCUGCAGUUUUAUGUACGGAGAGCUGACGGACAAGAAGACCAUCGACAAAGUCAGGCAGACCUUUGACAACUAUGAGUCCAACUGCUUUGAAGUCCUGUUGUACAGAAAGAACAGAAGUCCGGUGUGGUUCUACAUGCAGGUCGCUCCCAUCAGGAAUGAAAACGACAAGGUGGUUUUGUUUCUCUGCACCUUCAAGGACAUCACUCUUUUCAAGCAGCCCAUCGAGGAUGAAAGCACCAAAGGAUGGACCAAAUUCGCUCGACUGACACGUGCUCUCACCACCAACCGCAACACGCUGCAGCAGCUGGCGCCCAUGGGCAAACAUGAGGUCAGCCACAAACCGUCCAGACUGGCGGAGGUUUUGCAGCUGAACUCAGACAUUCUCCCACAGUACAAGCAGGAGGCUCCAAAGACACCUCCUCACAUCAUCCUACACUACUGCACCUUCAAGACCACCUGGGAUUGGGUCAUCCUCAUCCUCACCUUCUACACAGCCAUCAUGGUGCCCUACAAUGUGUCCUUUAAGACAAAGCAGAACAACAUCGCUUGGCUGGUGCUGGACAGUGUGGUAGACGUCAUUUUCCUGGUGGACAUAGUUCUCAACUUCCACACCACUUUCGUGGGUCCAUGUGGAGAAGUGAUCUCUGACCCCAAGCUCAUCCGCAUGAACUAUCUGAAGACCUGGUUUGUUAUCGACCUGCUGUCCUGCCUGCCUUAUGACAUCAUCAAUGCCUUUGAGAACGUGGAUGAGGGCAUCAGCAGUCUGUUCAGCUCCCUGAAGGUGGUCCGGCUGCUGCGUCUGGGUCGGGUGGCCAGAAAGCUGGACCACUACCUGGAGUACGGGGCUGCGGUUCUGGUCCUGCUGGUCUGUGUGUUCGGGCUGGUGGCCCACUGGCUGGCCUGCAUCUGGUACAGCAUUGGGGAUUAUGAGGUCAUCGAUGAGGUCACCAACACCAUCAAGAUGGACAGCUGGCUUUACCAGCUGGCCAUCAGCAUUGGAUCGCCGUAUCGCUACAACGUCAGCGGCUCCGGUCGAUGGGAGGGGGGUCCCGGCAAGGACUCCCUUUACAUCACUUCUUUGUAUUUCACCAUGACCAGCCUGACAACCAUUGGAUUUGGCAACAUCGCCCCCACCACGGACGGAGAGAAGAUCUUUUCUGUGGCCAUGAUGAUGGUUGGAUCUCUUCUCUAUGCAACCAUCUUUGGAAACGUGACCACCAUCUUCCAGCAGAUGUAUGCCAACACCAACCGCUACCACGAGAUGCUCAACAACGUCAGGGACUUCCUGAAGCUUUACCAGGUUCCCAAAGGCCUGAGCGAGCGGGUCAUGGACUACAUCGUCUCCACCUGGUCCAUGACCAAAGGCAUCGACACGGAGAAGGUGCUGUCCAUCUGUCCCAAAGACAUGCGAGCCGACAUCUGUGUUCACCUCAACAGAAAGGUGUUCAACGAGCAUCCAGCCUUCAGGUUAGCCAGUGAUGGCUGCCUGCGGUCCCUCGCCGUGGAGUUUCAGACCAUCCACUGUGCUCCUGGGGACCUGAUCUUCCAUGCUGGGGAGAGCGUGGACACCCUCUGCUUUGUUGUGUCAGGCUCACUGGAGGUCAUCCAGGAUGAUGAAGUCAUCGCCAUCUUGGGUAAAGGCGACGUGUUUGGCGAUGUCUUCUGGAAAGAAACCACUUUGGCCCACGCCUGUGCCAACGUGCGAGCGCUGACGUACUGCGACCUCCAUGUCAUCAAGAGAGAAGCCUUGCUCAAAGUCCUGGAGUUUUACACGGCUUUCGCCAACUCCUUCUCCCGAAACCUCGUCCUCACCUGCAACCUACGCAAGCGGAUCAUUUUUCGAAAGAUCAUUGAGGUGAAGAAGGAGGAAGAAGAGAGGCAGCGAGCAAAGAACGAAGUGCAGCUCACCAUCCCCCAGGACCACCCAGUUCGGAAGCUUUUCCAGAAGUUCAAGCAGCAGAAGGAGCUGCGGAGCCAGGGAGCUGCCGCUGCUGCACAGCUGGACCUGGAAAAGAACCAGCUGCAGGUGGAGCAGCACCAACACCAGCUCCUGCACCCCCAAACCCUGCAGCUGGGAAACUCCGGCCUGCAGCGACCGACUGCCUCCCUGCAGAACGGGGCCCCGCCCAGCAGCAGCACGGUGCUCACGGUGUCUCAGGUCACGCCCCAGCAGAACUCGCUGGCCUACAGCCGUCCCAUCGAACCUACCGCCAAGCAGAACAACUGUGACAUCAUGGAGCUGCAGCCCAGCGCCGCGGCAGGUGGGGGAGAGCCACAUGUCAGACUCAAGGUCAACACCAGCCCCGCGCUGGGGAAGCCGCCUGUGAAGGCCUCGGGAUGGAUGCGCUUAAAGAACAACAUGGCUCCAGUGGAGGCUGGCAGGGAGGGGCUGAACAACAAUCUUAAGGCUGUUUCCGUGGAGACGCUUUCUCAGGACACUAAAGUUCAGGAUGGGGGGCGUAGGGACACGGGACAGGGGGGGGUGUCUAGCAACCCUUUGCGCAAGACAGACUCCUGCGACAGCGGCAUCACUAAGAGCGAGCUGCGGAUUGACCGGGUGGGGGAAGCACGCACCCCGGCUUCAGUUACCCCCCUCAUACACAGCCCUGUGGCUGGAGGAACGGGCCCCCCUCACCCUUUCUGCCCCAUUCCAGAGCAGGGCAUACAUGCUGCACUGCAGGAGACCAGAUUGGAGCUGCGAGAGGACAUCCAGACUCUAGGGGGCCGCCUGGGCACCUUAGAGGGUCAGGUGGCUGAAAUCAUCAAACUGCUGUCCGAUAAAAGGAGGGGGUCUGGGGGGGCGCCAGCAGCCGUCAUCACCCCCAAAACAAAAAUUCAGCGUCAGGACAUUUUUACCGUUUCCAGACCCGUUUCCCCAGACUCAGAGAGGGACGAGGGGCUUUGAAACAACGCUCAGAAUGUUCUGGAAGAACAUCACAAGUGCUGCAGAACUAUAGCUUUAGGCUCUCUGUCACACUGGGGCGUCCAGUGAGGACCCACCGCAGACCUCCAAAACCAAAUAAAGACUGCCUACAGAACCUCUGACGUUUGCACACAGAUCUGACAUCCGGAUCGCCUGAAGGUUCAGCGCCAAUGACCUGGACCGGGUUUUGAUUGUACAUAUCUAUGCAUGUCCAGCUGGGUUCUGGUCUGCCAAAGAAACUACUGAGCAUACCUAUUGCCUGUAUAUUAUGCAGUGUACUGCAUGCAAAACUUAAAUAUUUUGUAAUGAUGGAAUAUCAGGGUUAGCACUGCAGACUUUACUUACAAACAGGUUUUGCUGGCAAAGCGAUUGUGCAUGGAUUAUUACUCAUUUAUGAGCCUCAAAAGGACAGAUGUUUUGUUUCACUUUUUUAAUUUACCUUUUCCAGUGCUGUUCUCUUAUGUGAACAAUCUGCAUCUUCUGACAAUAUCAGCUAUUUUUUGUAAUUAUUUAUAUUUUUGAUCACAGUUCCAGGUUUGACGUUUCUAGAAAAACUUCUGAGAAUCCUGUUUUGUCAGAAUCUUCCUUGUUGCUAUGCAUCACUUGGAACGUGGUUGUUUCGUGCGUCGUUCUGCAUGUUUUAGGCACGACAGAAUGUAGAGGCUGGAAUGAUCGCUGGACAGGAAAGGCAACUCAGCACACACAUGUAACCCCACACAUUUACAGGACAAGAAACCAAAUCCUAAUGCAGAUUCAGCACAAAAGCUCCAGAAAUAAACACUGAAACUCUGUA